AUGCGGGUAGGCAAGACCUACCCCAACGACCGCUUCACCGAGGGCGGCACCAUGACCGACUGGUACCACGCUCCGUGCGUGUUCCAGCACCUGAAGAGAGCGCGUAAGACAACAAAGAAGAUCGACAGCGAAGACGACCUGGAAGGCUACAGCCACCUCCAUGACAACGACCAAAAGAAGCUGAGCGAAUACAUUCAAGGCACCCUUUUCUUUCUUUCUUUCUUAUGGGAUAUAGAGAAUCCGUACCUGGGCGGGGGUGAUGGAGGGUCCGGCGGUGAGGAAAAGAAGAAGACGCCCGCGAAGAAGAAAGCAAAGGCCAAGGCGCCCGAGCCGGUGAUACCCGCACACCUGCUCAACAAGAACAAGAACAAGGCCAAGGCCAAGCGAACAGAGAAGCGAAACGUCGAAGUGGAGCUGUUUCGGGCGCGAAUACUGAAGGAGGGCACCAAGACGCCCAAGUACCUGCCCAUGGACUCACAGCCCCUCGUGCUGGGCCGCGGCGAUGAGACCGGCAUCACCGACAAGCGCUGCUCUCGCACCCAACUGGAGCUGGUGGCCUCCCAGGCGGACAAGACCGUCACCUUGACCAUGCUGGGGAACAAUCCGACCAGUUUCGUGUUCGACGAGGAGGGCGAGCCGCAGCCGCUGACCAAGGGCCAGCAGGUCGACCUGCCCAACGGGUCGCGCUUCAUCCUGUUCGUGGACGACGUCUACGUGGUGCAGACCCGCACGGACAAGGUGAUGCAGGAGGUCGAGGUCGAGGUGGCCGACGAAGACGACGAGGCGACCGACGAAGACGAGGAGCUCCAGCGCCAGGCGGCCGAGGCGGCGGCCAGCAAGAAGCGAAAGGCGCCCGCCGCUGUGCCCAAGCCUGGCGGCCCUGCGGCCAAAAAGGCCAAGGCCGAGCCAAAGCCAAAGGCCCCGCCGAAGAAGAAGGCCAAGAAAAAGGGCGGUGGAGGGAUCGAUCUGGACGGCACGAUCGACAGCGACGACGACGGCCAGCCCAACGAGUACGACUACGACGACGGGUUCCUGGUGCGCAACGACGCCAGCCUGGGUGAGGAGGGCGGCGAUGAUGACGACGACGAUGAAUUCCAACGCACGAAGCGACGCGGCGGCGCGCGCCACGACGACGAUGACGCCGAAGCGGUGCGAGAGGCCAAGCAAUAUCUGCAGGGCUUUGACGACGGCGAUGAGGGCGAGAGUAAGCAGGCCUACAAGAACGGGAAGCCGGUGUGUCGGUACGGUGCGACGUGCUACCGGGUCAACCCCGACCACCGCAAGCAGUUCUGGCAUCCGCCCAAGACUGAGGCCGGCGAUCGCGCGCCGCAGUCGAAGAGCAAAACGCAGCAGACGACGCCCGGGCGCAAGCCCGCCCCGACGCCGACGACGGCCGGCAGAGGCGGCGGUGACGACAACGACGAUGAUGCGAUCAGCGAGGAGGAGGACGGUGCGGCGAAGCAGUGGGACAAGGACCGGGACGCGGCGGGCAAGGUCAAGACGCUCAGCGCGAUGUCGGCCUUCCGGGAGCUCGACCCGGGCAUCAUACGCGACGUGCUCGAGGCCAACAACGGCUCGCUCCACCUCACCAUGGAAGCCCUCAAGAGUCUCACCGCCGAGGAGUCGUAA